GGAGGCGAAAAAAAAAAAAAAAGAAGCCAACUCAUCUGAUACAAACAGUGUGGGCCAAAGAAAGGGGGAAGAGCUGGAGCAGCAGUGUCCAGAACGAGUGGAAAAAAAAAAUCAGGAGUGGGAGAGCUUGAAGAGCAGUGUAAAAAGAAGACAGGACGGUGGAGAGAAAGAGCCUGAGAGUGUGCACAGAGAUUGGAUUGAGAAGAGAAAAAAGUUUUAACCUGACAAACAAAAGAAGAAGAAAAAAAAAAAGUGGGGGUUGAAGCCAAGAGAGCCCCAACAUUUAGAGAGAGAACAGGAUGUCGACGCUGUCAUCAGAAAGCAGCUCCGAAGAUGCCAACAAUCGCAGCUUCUGGAUGCCUGGGAACUAUCAGCGCACUGUGAAACGAACAGAGGACUCGUUCCAGGCCUGUAAUGACAUAGUGGCGUGUUUCCAAGAGAGGGCUCGCGUGGAGAGGCAGUACGCCCAGCAGCUCAGUGAAUGGAGCAACAAGUGGAAACCAGUAGUGGACUCCAGUCCACUGUACGGAUCUCUCCUGAAGGCUUGGCAGUGUUUUCUCUCUUCCGCUGAUCGUCUGGCCUCCUUACACGCCUCCAUCUGUCGCUCCCUGGUGUCGGAGGAUGGAGACCGGGUCAGGACCUGGCAGAAAGACACCUUCCACAAGAAGUUAUUUGGAGGCUUCAAGGAGUCCCAGGACACCGAGACGGGCUUUGCACGUGCUCAGAAGCCCUGGGCCAAACGCCUCAAAAAGCUGGAUAAAGCCAGGCGGGCGUAUCAUAAGGUGAGCCGUAAGGAGCAGGCAGCCAGAGAGCGAGAGGAACACGCUCAGGGAAACCCGGACGUAGCCAUCGACAAACAGAAGAAGAUCCAGGAGGAGAGAGAGCUGGCUCAGCAGGAGGCCGAGAAGGUUCGUGGCCGCUAUGAGAAAGUCCUGGAGGAGGUGAACCGCUACGCUCCUCGCUACAUGGAGGAGAUGGAGUCCAUCUUUGACCAGUCGCAGGACGAGGAGCGUAAAAGGAUCGUCUUCCUUAAACAGGCUUUCCUCUCCAUCCACAAACACCUGGACAUUACCAACAAUGAGAGCGUGAGGGCCGUUUACAACGAGCUCCACAACACACUGAUGGCCAUCGACGAGCAGGAGGACCUUCGCUGGUGGAAAAACACCCACGGGCCCGGCAUGCCCACCGACUGGCCUCACUUCCAGGAAUGGACGCCUGAAAAGAAAGCCAAAAAAGGGAAGAAAGAAGCUGAACAGAAAGUAUCGAUAGACAGGAAUGUGAUGAUCGGAGGAGUGAAAGUAAGAGCUCUGUAUGACUAUGUUGGACAGGAGACGGACGAACUUUCCUUUAAAGCAGGUGAGGAAUUCUUGAAGGUCGAGGAUGAGGAUGACCAGGGCUGGUGUCGGGGGAUGAAGGACGGCGGUUGGGAGGGGCUUUACCCAGCCAACUACGUCGAAGUGGUGUAGUUACCGCAUGUAGACUGAAGAUGAAAGAUCUUAUUGAUUUCACUGUGGGAGCCACAACCUGGUUAGAAGUAUCAAACACAUAAAAACCAAGUGCUGUAAAAAAAACACCAAGUAGCUGUUAGCCAAAGACGUGUGAUGACAGUUUAAUCGCACUAUGGCGGAUAUUUUAGCAUACAGAGAUUUUUUUAAAAACUACCCACGUUGUGUGAUCUCCUGAAGGAUUUUGACAAAUGUUUUAAUAUAUACAGUAUGCAUAGACCACUUGUAUUGAAGCCAUAUGAUAAACAAUGCUUUAAUGUAAAGUAAAAUAUGCUGGACUCUAAAGGUACACUAUAUAACUAACUAUUUGGUGCUAAAAUUGCAUUACAGGACUGCUUUGAGAUGAUUUGAGUUUUUUUUGCACCUCAACACACAAUGCUAUUAAAAUGCUCACAAAGCUUCACGACAUAAGAGGAAAGUGACGCUAAUAAUGUGAUUGUAAUUAACCCGGAGCAGCCUUACAAGCGGAGUCUGCUUGAUAGUUGUAGAUAUGAGCUGCAUUUCUCUUCUGUUUUUGUGGUUUAAAGGAACAGACUGAAAUGAUGAGGAACGUGUUUGUUUGCUGUCAAAUAGCUACGCAGUGAGAUGAAGAUGUCAGAUUCAACUCUCUGUGUGGUAAACUGCUAGCCUAGCGCUAGCCUAGCGCUAUCAACAGUGAAAAACAUACAAUCCAGGAACUCCAAUGCUGUCCUUUUUUCUUUUAAUAAGAACAAUGUAUGAAAUGACAGUGUGAUAUGUGUUGGUAGUGAUGAAUUAUCAGCGACUCUGCAGCUCCCCUCGGCUUAAAGGAGCUUUAUAGCGAGUUUUAGCUCAUUGUUUAGCUGUC